UUGCGCGCGCACAGCGUUGGGAGAAAGAACUUGAUACAGAAAUCUCACGGACCUACAGUUUAGGGGUGGUGAAAUUUGUAACCUUGUUGCAAGUAUCUUUCGCGAGUGAUAGGAGCAAGUGAGAUCACCGAGAUCUCCCAUUUGGAUAGAGUCGAGGUGUUGGGCAAGGACAGCAUCGUCUCUUUUUCAGGCACAGUUCAAAUACACUUGAAUAUAUAACGUUAACACUCUGGAAAUGUCCGAAAACAAGCCGAAUGAUGAUCCGAAGUUAUCUACGACGGACAGGGUAGUAAAAUCUGUCCCGUUCCCGCCAAGUCACCGGCUCACAGCCAAGGAGGUGUUUGACAGUGAUGGGAAGCCCAAAGUGGAUGUGCUCAAAGGCCACCUGACCAAGGAGGGCCGCGUGGAGGAGAGCGUAGCCCUCAGACUCAUCGGAGAGGGAGCGGAGAUCUUGAGGGCUGAGAAGAACCUGCUGGACAUAGAGGCACCCGUGACAGUUUGCGGAGACAUCCAUGGCCAGUUCUUUGACCUGAUGAAACUGUUUGAAGUAGGAGGGUCACCGGCUAGCACACGCUACCUUUUCUUGGGCGACUACGUCGACAGAGGAUAUUUCAGUAUUGAAUGUGUGCUGUACUUGUGGGCCUUAAAGAUCCUAUACCCCAAAACACUAUUUUUGCUCCGUGGGAACCACGAAUGUAGACAUUUAACAGAGUAUUUCACAUUUAAGCAGGAAUGUAGAAUUAAGUAUUCGGAGCGGGUGUACGAUGAGUGUAUGGAUGCCUUCGACUGCCUUCCCCUGGCCGCCCUUAUGAACCAGCAGUUCCUGUGUGUACACGGAGGACUUUCCCCAGAAAUCUCAAACCUUGACGACAUCAGGAAAUUAGACAGAUUCAAAGAGCCCCCUGCGUACGGGCCCAUGUGUGACCUGUUGUGGUCAGACCCCCUGGAGGACUUUGGGAACGAGAAGAGCCAAGAACACUUCACACACAACACAGUGAGAGGCUGCUCCUACUUCUACAGCUACCCCGCUGUCUGCGACUUUCUACAACACAAUAACUUGUUAUCUGUCAUUCGAGCCCAUGAAGCACAGGACGCUGGGUACCGCAUGUACAGGAAGAGCCAGACGACAGGGUUUCCUUCUCUCAUCACCAUCUUCUCAGCACCCAACUACCUAGACGUCUACAAUAACAAAGCUGCAGUACUGAAGUAUGAGAACAACGUGAUGAACAUCAGGCAGUUCAACUGCUCACCUCACCCCUACUGGCUGCCCAACUUCAUGGAUGUCUUCACCUGGUCCCUCCCCUUUGUCGGGGAGAAAGUCACUGAGAUGCUGGUUAACGUGUUAAGCAUCUGCUCCAAUGAUGAGCUGACGACAGACGAGGAGAUCGAUGGACAACUAAUAUAUGUCCCCAAGAAAGGUGCCACAGCCUCUGCACGCAAGGAGGUCAUCAGGAACAAGAUCCGUGCCAUUGGCAAGAUGGCGAGGGUAUUCUCUGUCCUAAGGGAGGAGAGUGAAAGUGUGUUGACACUGAAGGGGCUGACCCCCACCGGCAUGCUGCCCAGUGGAGUGCUGUCCGGGGGCAAGGAGAAGCUCCAGAAUGCUACUAUUGAGGCUAUUGAGGCAGAUGAAGCCAUCAAGGGCUUCUCGCCACAGCACAAAAUCACCAGCUUUGAGGAGGCCAAGGGCCUGGACCGCAUCAACGAGCGGAUGCCCCCGAGGCGGGACGGCCUCCCCUCCGACGCCAGCCUCAACUCCCUUAACAAGGCUCUGUCCUCGGAGACCAAUGGCACGGACGCCAAGGACAGCAGCAGCAGCAUCCAGUGAAGGGGCACACUCCACCGCAGCGGGUGGUGGUGGCAGCCUGUGGCGACCAGGGUGGGGUGUUAUACCACCAUCCUCCUCGUCGCAGUCUGCCACAGGGCGGAAUAGAGGAGAGAGCAGGGUGGAGGAGAAAAGGGAGGGACGAGAUCAGGAAUGCGCUUACAGGAAGUGGUGUUCACAGGAAGUGGCACUUACAGUACAACAACCGCAGGAGAGACUCUAGUCUUUGGGUAUGCCUUUAAAAAAAUAACUUGUAGAAACGACAAAGUUUUUCGCAUUGUUCACUCUUUUGGGCCCUUGGCCUCCUCGAAGCUGGUGAUGACGUGCUUGAUUCUGUACUUCAGUACGAGAGAGAGACUGAGAGAGACCAAGAGAAAGAGAUCCUAAAGGAGAUGUUUUAUGAAAGCCCCUCACUCAUUUUACUGCAGGGCUCUCCAACCCUGUUCCUGGAGAAUUAACCUCCUCUAGGUUUUCACUACGACCCCAGUUGUAUCUCACCUGAUUCAGCUCAUCAACCAGCUAAUUAUUAGAAUCAGGUGUGCUAGAUUAGGGUUUGAGUAAAAACCAACAGGACUGUAGCUCUCCAGGAACAGGGUUGGAGAGCCCUGUUCUACUGGAUAUGAAAAUGUUGUGUAACUUCUUACUAACUAUUGUACGUUUACAAAAUACAGCACUAAAAAGGACAGAACAUUAAAAAAAUGUUUUUAACAUAAGGGUGUACAAACUAAGUAAAGAAUAUUUAUUGAUAACUUUUUUUGCUACUCUUAUAAAAUAGCUCUCAGAUAAAUUAGGCAGUCUUAAAAAGAAUGUUGCAACCUUGUUGAAAUGCCAAACAUUUUAAAGUUUUAUGGUUCUGUACAGAUUAUGCUUACCCCAGGUUCAUUUGGUGUGUGCUUUUGACCCGGAUUUCUGUAUAAUGGCUAAUUAUUACCUUGGUGAUGAAUAUCUAUUUUUGGGGAAAUUUCACAACUGGAAUUUACAUUUAUCUAUAAUUUGCAAAUAUAAAAAAAAUGUUUUUGGGGAUAGAGAUUGUAUUGUGUCUUGCUGGAAUUCUGUGAAUGUUAAUUUCUCUUUUUAAAGUAUUGCGAACAAAGUAAGCGUAAAGAACCGAUAUUGUGUAAAAAAAAAAGACAAACUAAAAGUGUCUGCCUAUGCAUGUUUUAUAAACUCAAACAAAGGAAAUGUAUAAAUUAAUUGAAUACCUUGGCUGCCGGGGCCUGUUUUGAAAUGUAGUGCGCUUAGUGAACAUAUACUGGCAUUCAUUAAAUUACAUCAUGAUAAUGCUUUUUCCCUCAACUUCUUUUAAAAUUGAUGCAUUUGAUUAUCUGACAUGGAGGAGAGAUCAUAUUUUUAACAUGCACUUGUAAGUGCACAUAGUCAAAUUUAGUAUGUUUGACCAUUCUUGUGAGGUUUGUGGUAACAUGUGGAACUCAAAAUGCACGAUAACUGUUAAUGUCAUAUAACGGUUAAGACAGUCGUUCUGUUUUGUACACGUGCCACAGAAAGUGUCAUUUGAUUAUUAGGAUUAUUGUUAUUAUUUGGAACUCUGCUUUGUAUAUCAAUCAAACAAAAAACUCCAUGACCUUUAAAAAAAAAAAAAAACUAAUAUGCCCAAGUAUUUCACUACAUGACAUGAAGCUUUGCUUUUGUAAUUUAACUUUGAAACAGUUGGCAGAUGAAGCAUGCACACGCAACUAUGAAAAAGUAUUUUAUAUUACUGUUCAAUAAAACAUGUGCAUGAAUUUCAACUUAACGAAACAGUUUUUUUGUGUGUGAUAAUAGCCAGAAUUUCCUCUUCUCAGAUUUCAAGUCUGCGAACUGAAAAUCAAUGUAAACAUAUUAAAUAAAAAAUGUAUUGCAUUCUAAA